AUGUCUAGCCCAAGCCCUUUCCAGCAAGGGCAACUCCCCUCUCCAGGCUUAUCAAUCAACCUGUCCUCCAACAACCCUUUUCGCAACCGGGCAGCGUCGCCUGCCAGCCUUGAUGCUGCUGCCUUUCCAUCACCAACCAACUCGCCCUUUGCCGACCCCACGCCUAUCCAGAGACCUGUAUCGCGGAAUCCUUUCCUCGACCAGUCCCAGCAACCAUUGAAGUCGCCAGGUGGUGUUUCCAACAAGUCGGAGCACAAGUCGCUGUCCGCUGAAGAUAUAUUCGAUUCACUAACGCUCGACGACACAAUGCAAAACGAUAAGCUGCCUCCGCCGCUGAUUGCCCAGCGGCGCCCAUCAGAUCAGGUUCCCGCUGCUCGUCCCUGGGAAUCCCAACAGCCUGGCGACAAGCACCGACUUACCAAGUCACAAGAAGAAGCCAUGCGGGCAAGGAAACCAGGUCCAGGCCCAGCUCCCCAGCCCGGAACAUCAAGGUCUCCUCAGAGGAAACCGGUCCGACGUCCGCGACGAAAUUCAGACUCAUCCGUUUUGGACUUCAAUGCUCAGCCUAUUACGGCCGAAGAAAUGAAACUAAUUGAGGAGCACCGCAUGCGAGACCGACAACGCCGUGAAAAGGCCGCUCGUGAAAAAGGAAGCCGGGAGAAGGAAAGUCUCGAGGGCCGUGAGCCUCGUGACAAGGAGCGAGAUGGUAAAGGACGGAGCAAGUCUGGUCGCCCAAGCCGACGAAUGGAUAUUAUCGACCAGCUAGAUGCAACCAGCAUAUAUGGUACUGGCCUUUUCCAUCAUGAUGGCCCAUUUGAUGCCUUGAACCCGCAUCGAAAUAAGCACAGCAGUAGGCGCGCUCCAAUGCAAGCCUUCCCCAAGGACUCUCUUAAUAAUUCACUGGGUGGUGCCGGCCCUCUUAAUCGGAACCCGGAUCAUGCGACUUUCUUGGGUCACGGCACAGACGAAGCAUUUCGCGAUUACUCUGGCGGCAUGAAGAACAAGAAUGGAUACAACUACCCAAGUAGCUCAAGUGCAGAGCCAGCGAUUUUUGAUCCCGUCGCUCGUGGAUCCCUGGUUCAUGGAGAUGAGAGCUACGGCUUAGGUACCUCUACCUUCCUCGAGGGCACACCUGCUGCACGAAGCGCAAUCGUCCGAAGACAGGCAGAACAGCAGCAAGAGAUUGCCGAUAACGGUUUGCAACGCAAGAAGUCGCUAGCGCAGCGAAUCCGUCACAUCAACAACAAACCCCGAGAUUUUCCAUCUGGCAGAUUGACAAAUCCCGAUGCAGUAUCCACCAAGCGGUCUCCGGAUGGCAUGCCCUUUGCCUCUAGUGUAGACUCCGAACCUAACCCUUUCUUUGCCGAGUUUAGCAAAGGUGAGGAGAGCAUCAGUGUCAGGCCUCGGGGCGGAGCAAAGUCUCCAGCCAGCCCACCAGCGAUCCCCCGGAGGUUAUCUGGUUCAGCGUUGGAACGACGAGCCACUGCAGACGCGAUGAUGUCAGGGGAGGACAGCCCUCCUGUCAGACCAACUGGUAUUCUCGGUCGAAUGAAGAGUCUGAAGGGUGGACGAAGGCCUAAGAAUACGGACACCAACACUCAACUUGCAGGGUCUGGAAUGGCAAUUUAA